CAUGUUGUCCAAAUUUCAUCACUUAUAUUUGUAUUUCCUUUCAAGGUUUACUCUACAUGCAUUUGCUUGAAACACUUGAUUUCAGUUAGAUUUUUAUUUUAUUAGUUGAUCCACAAAUUAUUAAUGGCCUUCAUGAAGGAGUUCCAUGAUCUUGAAAUCCAGCUUGAAGAUAUAAGAUCAGCCACCAACAACUUUGGCGACGAAAACAUUAUCGGUAUUGGUGGUUUUGGAAAGGUCUACAGAGGAUCAAUCACUCACUCUCACUCUAAGAGGCAAAUCAUGGCUGCUUUUAAGCGCCUAGAUCGUAGAUAUGGACAGGGAGACCCUGAGUUCUUGAAAGAAAUUAUGAUGCUUUCUCGUUACAAGCAUGAACAUCUCAUAUCUCUUCUGGGAUUUUGCAAAGAUGAUGGUGAGAAGAUCCUUGUGUACGAGUAUGCAUCUCAUGGUAGUCUUGACCGCCACUUAAGUUCCACUUCUCUCACAUGGAGGCAACGCUUAAACAUAUGCCUUGCGGCCGCAAGGGGAAUAAGUUAUCUUCAUGAUCCCAAUGGAACACAACAAAGAGUUCUCCAUCGUGACAUCAAGAGCUCCAAUAUAUUACUGGACGAUAAUUUGAAUGCGCACCCCUGGUUACCUAGAUCCCCAAUAUUUGGAAAAGUACUUCCUAACAAAAGAGUCCGAUGUAUACUCAUUUGGUGUGGUCUUAUUUGAAGUAUUAUGUGGGAGAUUAUGUUUUGAAUAUAAUGACGGUCAGUUCCAUAGUUUAGUGCAAAGGUGGAAGCAAAGCUCUGAAGAGAAGAAGCUAGACCAUGUUAUCUUUCGAGACUUGAAGCAACAAAUGGAUCCGAGCUCUUUAGAAAUAUUUUCAAACAUUGCAUACCAAUGCUUGCAGAAAACUUAUGAACUACGACCAACUAUGGCGCGUGUGGUAGAGGAACUCGAAAUCGCACUUGAAAUUCAAGAGACUUACGAUGUGCCAAUGGACUACGAAGAAAUGAUGGCGACUGCAGUGCCGCCAUUGCUCUACAAAUCACAAGAGGAAUUGAACACGCUUUUCUCGAAAGGGGUCCUCCUUAACAUGGGCAAAACGUGGUUUUCACUCAAUAAAAACGGAGAACAUUGUGAAAUGAUAUCAGCAGCAGAAUGUUUGAUUCCUAUUGCAAGUAUAUAUCACAAGGAUCCAUAUUCAUCUGAAUAUAACUCAAGAUUUAAAAUGGGAAGCUAUCUUGCAUAUAAUAGGAAAUUUAAAACACGAGUCCGAACCCAGUUCUUGUCACCAAAAACAGUAUAUGCAGUAAAUCUCGUGUUCAAAUUUAUGAAAAAGAACCCAACAGGCGAACCUCCAUAUGUAGCACUAGAAUACAAAUUGGCGGAGAACACAAAAUCUUCCAUUGUGCAACUUGCAGAUGAAAGAGAAGAUGGAUGGUUAAUGGCUAAAUUAUAUGAGCUUACUAGUGAUAGUAGAAAUGUUGAUCUAGAAAUUGUAUUUGAGAGCUCAAAGAAAUAUUAUUCGUCUGUCUUAGUAAUAGAAGGAAUCGAGUUUCGGCCCUUGGAGAAAGCUUGACAAAGCUGGCAACUUAUCUAGUCUUCAUAUUACUAGAAAACCAUUGUGCAUAUGAGUUCUUGUAAAAGUUUUGGAUAAUAAGUUGAUUAGAAUACACACAAGAGUAGAUCUAAAUUGAUACAAGAGAGGAAUGGUGGUUGUAUGGAAAAGUACAAUAUAGGUUCAAGGGUGAAUGAAAGUAAGGGCUUUGGGCUCCCUUUUUUCA